CUCCCUUCCCCUCGUUAGCCAUCGGUGCAAUGAGAAAUUGCACUUUAAACCGAACUUUUCGUGAGCCCACGAGCCUAUUUGGUGAAAAAAUGAAAUUUCUUUAGAUACCUUUUUUCUUGCAAAUUCCAACUCUAUGGCGUUCCUCUCGGUCACACGAUUCCAACGCAUCCUCCCUUCCCCUCAUUGGCCAUCGGUGCAAUGAGAAAUUGCACUUUCAACCGAAGUGGACAUCGGAGCCCGAGCUCGCCAGAUGCAGACCAGGCGGCUGUGGACCUACGCGCUCGCGUUCAGCUGCGUGGCCGGGUUCAUCGUCAUCGUCCUGAACAAUUUCCAGGACCAAAUGGUGUUCUACGUGACUCCGACCGACGCGAUGGAGCAGAACAAGGCGAAUCCGAGGAAGACGAAGUUCAGAUUGGGUGGAUUGGUCCUUGAAGACCAAUCUAGUUAUGCUCUUAACAUGCCAUUUUGUUAGGAGAUACUGACAGGGUAGGAUAGAUGGCCACGUCGUCGAGCCGGAUCGGACGGUGGAGGAGGAUUGGCGCCGACUUGUGAGAGGAAGAGAGCCGAGUCCAUCGGCUGCCCUAAUUCCACUAUCCAAAGGGGGCCCACAAAUUCAAAAAAAUGGCUGCCUUUUCUUAGUCUCCUUCUCUCUUCAAAUCACUUCGUUAGUUUUCAUUUUCUCUCCUCAAAAACUUUUUUGUUUCCUCCUCCCCUUUUCUCCCAAUAAUCACCAGAACCACUC